GGCCACUCUCCACUCAAUCUUUCCAGGUUCUGCCACUUUCUACUCGAACAAUUGCCUGUUCAGAAUCAACACAUAUCACUCUUUGAGCGGCCACAACACGAGCCACCCAGUAGAUUACAACAACGUCACUUACAUCUUAUCUCCAAGAUGCUCGUCACAUCAGCAACGAGCAUGCUUCGCGCAGGCGCAGGCCGCUCUGCCAGCGGUCUCCAGCCCAUGCUCCUCCGCACCACCACCGCCUGCCCUUACUCCGCCGGCCUCAACAUGACCUCGCCCUUCUCCUCCAUGUCACAACAACCCCUCGCCAAGUUCCGUACUUCACCAACUACCCGCCGCACCCUCUCCACCACCCCUUCCCGCCUCAGCACCGACGCCGAAGUCGACGCAGCCGCCGCGGCAAAGGCCUCCAAGGCUCAAAUUGCUGCUCAUCCCGAGACGCCCGCUCUCAACUGGGAGACUUUCUUCAAGCUUCGCAAGUCGAGGAGGAGAUGGCAGCAAGGCUUUAGUGUGCUGGGCAUGCUGGGGUUUGGUCUCGCGGGGUCGAUGGCGCUGGGAUCCGGCGCGGCGGAUAGUCUUGUGGGCAAUAUCCCGCUUGAUCCGCUCAUGACGAUGGGGUUGAUGACUAUGGGUUUCGCCGCACUGGGUUGGUUGGUGGGGCCGAGUGUUGGAACGGUGGUAUUUAAUGCGAUGAACAGCAAGUGGAAGGCGCCGAUGGCGCUGAAGGAGAGCCAGUUCUUUGCGAGGAUCAAGAAGAAUCGGGUUGAUCCUACCGCGAGUUCGGCGAGGAAUCCUGUCCCCGAUUUCUAUGGUGAGAAGAUCUCCAGUGUUGCCGGUUACAGGCAGUGGUUGAGAGAUCAGAGAGCGUUCAACAAGAAGAAGAUUGGCGUAUAA